AUGGACUGCCUCCAAUGGAUCAUACAGUCGUCUCAUACUGAUGCGCAAAGAACGAUCGAGAGGCUAGUGCAACAAGCUGGCGCAAUAUUCUUCGCUUCAUCUCAUCAAAUGCCUAUGGCUUUGGUGUAUGCGAUAUACAGCCUUUGCGCGCAUUCGGAGUAUGUUGAGCUUCUACGGACCGAAGCAACCCGCAAACUCGACCCUAAAGCCGACAACCCUUUCAAACAUAUGGUACUUCUGGAUGCAUUCCUUCGGGAAUCGGCCCGAUUGAAUCCGCUCGAUGCUCUUUCCAUCCAAAGAAAAGUCAUGCAGCCCUUCGUGCUUCCCAGUGGCGCGCAAAUACCAGUGGGCAACCUUAUCGCGGUACCGCAGCAAGCAGUUCUGCGAAAUGGAGAGAUUUAUCAUGAUCCGGAGUCGUUCAACCCAUUCAGAUAUCUCUCGGCGGAGGGAAAAUUGCACCAUGGUGGUUUCACGACCAGAUACACGGAUGUGAAUAGCGCAUAUCCUUAUUGGGGAUCUCCUAGGAAGCCAUGUCCGGGAAGAUGGUAUGUUUCAGAAACUAUGAAGUUGGCGCUCCUCCACUUGAUCUUCAACUAUGACUUUAAGCUGGCAAAGGAAAGAUCUCCACGUUCUUUUUUCUGGACGACUGCUCUGGUUCCACGCAUGGACACUAGAGUCCUGCUGAAGGAACGGGAAACCACGAAGUGUGAGACACUUUAG